AUGGAAACCUUUUGUUUAAGAGUCUCCUUGCUACUGCUUGUCGCUGGAUGUGGCCUCAGCGACAGUUCUGACAGAUAUUACACCAAUCUGAGUGAUUCUGGAAACUAUUUGACCACCUACUCUGGACUAGAGCCCAGCCUACUCCUUACUACUAUCCGACCCAUGGUACCCAACAAAACAGACUAUUGCUCCGAACGGACCAAAAUUGCUGACACUUUCAAAUACAUUAACACAGUGAUAUCUUGUAUUAUUUUCAUCGUUGGAUUGGUUGGGAAUGCAACUUUGCUGAGGAUCAUUUACCAGAACAAGUGUAUGAGGAAUGGCCCCAAUGCGCUGAUAGCUAGCCUGGCACUCGGAGAUCUUAUCUAUAUUGUCAUUGAUAUUCCUAUCAAUGUAUAUAAGCUUCAUGCUCAGCGGUGGCCAUUUGAGGAUUCUGCUUUCGGGCUGUUUCUUUGCAAAUUCCUCCCCUUUAUACAGAAGGCAUCAGUGGGCAUCACAGUCCUCAAUCUCUGUGCCCUUAGUGUGGACAGGUACAGAGCAGUUGCCUCCUGGAGUCGUGUUCAGGGAAUUGGUAUCCCCAUGAUCACUGCUAUUGAAAUUUUCUCCAUUUGGAUUCUCUCCUUUAUACUGGCUAUUCCAGAAGCAAUCGGUUUUGUCAUGAUACCUUUCAAAUACAAAGAUGAAAAUCAUAUUACCUGCAUGCUCAGUGCUACAAACAAGUUUAUGAUGUUUUACAAAAACGCAAAGGAUUGGUGGCUGUUUGGAUUUUAUUUCUGUGUGCCACUAGCAUGUACUGCUGUCUUUUACACACUAAUGACUUGUGAAAUGUUAAACAGAAGGAACAGCAAUUUGAGAAUUGCCCUCAGCGAACAUCUUAAGCAGCGUCGAGAAGUUGCAAAGACAGUUUUCUGUCUGGUAGUGAUUUUUGCCCUUUGCUGGUUUCCUCUCCAUUUGAGCCGAAUUUUGAAGAAAAUGGUAUACAAUGAAAGGGACCCUAACAGAUGUGAACUGCUCAGUUUCUUGUUGCCACUGGAUUACAUCAGCAUUAACCUGGCAACCAUGAACUCUUGUAUAAACCCCAUAGCUCUCUAUUUUGUGAGCAAGAAGUUUAAAAACUGUUUCCAGUCAUGUCUCUGCUGUUGCUGCUACCGAUCCAAAAGUCUAGUGACUUCAGUGCCAAUGAAUGGAACAAGCAUUCAGUGGAAAAACCAUGAACUAAAUAACCACAAUACAGAUCGAAGCAGCCAUAAGGACAGCAUAAACUGA